ACUUAGACUAAACAUAUAAGGCGUUGAGUAUUGGGAAAGCAUGUUUAGAAAGUAGUCAAGGGCUGAGGUUCCUCCGAAGGACAGCUUCAUUAUUUUCAAUAAGGGUGACUGAGCCGUUGGACUAGAGGGCUCAAAUGCCAAAUGAAAGCCUCGGUGACUUUGGCCGCAUUCUAUUGGGCUAUGGAAUCGUCCCUCUUUGUACUAACCGUCCCAAUACCACGUCAACAAAAAUGAAUUCUAGACACUAGCAACCAGUGUGAUAGAAUUAAGCGUGUUUCCCCUUUGGAGACGAAGAAGAAAAGGGUUACUAUGGAACCAGGUCGGCGCAGACUACGCUUGGGUGUAAAUCAAAGCGAUCUCCGGGUAUCCAACUCCUGAAUGAGUCGAGAACAAAAUAGCCAGCGUGUGUUCCAUCUAUUCAUUCAAAUCUGCUGCCUCAUCCUAGUAGUCCUCCAAAGGCUCGUGGCACAAUCCCGCGAACCUCGCUUGUGUAACUCCUUCAUAGCGGAGCAACAGAAGAAUGAGAUAAUGAGACUCGUUUCUCCUCAUCUCAGGUGUAAUGCGUGUUUCUUCUUUGUAGACAGGAACAAUCUUUCAAGUCCGGGACGGUUGGUUCAUGAAGCCACUGUAAUGCAGCUUCUUCGGCUCCUUGCCGUGCUCGCGGUCGCAUUUGACGGUUGGCGGCUCGCCAAUCUCUGAGAGCGCCGUCCUCACCUUUUGGCGCAAGGAGCGGUUGGUUUUGGGGUCUGAGGGGCUCGCAUCGUUCUUGUCGAAGGAGUAGGCUGUUGACUCCGAGAAGGUGGAUGCGGCGUACGUGGAUUGGGAAGGCAUAGUGGCCUUUUUGGCUGAUGUGGUGUUAUUGGAAAAGGGGAUUGGGUAUAUGAUGCCGAAUGGAUUGAUAUAAGUGGAUGUGUGAUAAUUUCAAGUCGAUGCCGACUAGUAAGGUUUAAUGUGUUGCUAGUGAUGACAGUGGUGAUGAAAGUGAGGCAGGCAGACAGGCAAGCAGGCUACUUAUACGCCUCGAUACUUCAUGACUUGAAGUCGCAAAAAGCGCGAAAUCUUUACAGCACACGUCCAAUAAAGUCCUGGGCCCAGAUAUGUGCACGCUUGUACAUAGUUCU